AACAGAUAACUAAUACCAAUAUCGUUAACAGUAAUAGUUUUAAAUGAAAAAAAAAAAAAAAAAAACACUAUGAAUUAAAUAAUUAUCGUUUAGUUUUAAGUCGUUCGCGAUGUUUAUUAUAGGUACACAAGGCGAUAUGUUUUUGUGUUUGUUAUUGUUCUGUGUUGUCAACUGGUCGCCGAUGGCGGACGGACAAAUCCUGUCAAGUAAUAAUUAUUACCAUUUUAUUAUUUGAAACGUAAAUUUAAGGUACAGAUCCGGUAUUUAUUUACGGUCGAGGCAUUUACCAUCAGUGUUUGAAUUGGAAAAAUAAAAGAAGGGAUACAAUGAAACUUAAAAAAAAGUAUCGUCCUUUGUAAUGAUUGAAAUUAAACGCUACGUUCCUAUACCCUAGGGACGGAUCCAGGAGGGCCCUAGUGGUUCAGCGUCCAGGCCACCCCGACCCCAGACAUUAUUUCUCAGAUGUUUAGAUUUUAAGUGGAGCGAAGAAGCUUAUGGUUUUACAAAGAUGUUUAUUAUUAUUUUUUUUUAUCUGUGCGCUGAAAGGAAAUCGUCGUGAGGAGCUACUUUAAGAAAGUUGUUUUUCGAUUUUCUCAGGAGGUUUCUCAUCAAAUUUGAAAAACCGAAAAAAAAACGGGAAAUUUUAUAAGAAAUGUAAGUAUUAGUUAAAAUAUAUUACCCCCUUUUUUUUUUUUCUGAGCACAACUUUUCUACCAGCAAUUUCGCUCCAGCUUUUAAUGAUAGCAAUGUUUCUAAAUUCAAAUUUCACUAGGAAGGUACUUUAAAGAGGUCAUUUUUUAAUUUUUCCUAAGAGUUUUUCCAGCAGAUGUGAAAAAUCGAGAUAAAACAUGGGAAAACCGUAAAUAAAAUAUUCCAAAAAUGUAAAAAUAAACUACGAUGUUUAAACCACGACGUCGUAUUAUCAUUGUAUACGUUACUUGAUACAAAAAAUAUAUUAUAAAUAUAUUGAAUUUAUUAACAUCAAAUGUUUAUUUUUGCUCUAAUUAAAAAAUGUAAAAUAACAUUUAUUAGUAAUAUUUCAUUCCCUCCCCCUCCCCCGAAAUUAGUGACUUGUGACUGUAUUUAUUUAUUUAUGAAUAAUCCCUUCUACGUUCCUAACUUGUCAUCUAUAACAGUGGCCCACUCAUCGUGAGAAGUAUGUCUGUUUUUUUUCCUUUGAAGACAUUGUUUUUUUCGAUUUUAUACGACUGCAAUGUAAACGUUCCGGUAAAAUUUAAACUCACGUUCUGUGUAAAAAUUAUGUACUUAUAUAAAUACCUAUAAGUAUCUUUACGUCCUUUACAGUACAUUUAAGUGAAUUAUUAUUAUAACAGUGAAAAAAAAAUGAUUGAGGACUCUGAUCUUUAUAAUUUAUUUUGUAUUAUAUAAUCUGCAGGACGGAGAAAAAACGAGCCUUUCAAUCAAAUUACUAUUUUAUCAUGUGUACAUAAAUUACUUGUCUUCAUUACACAACAAUAGUAUUAACAUCCAGUACUUGAAUAAGAAAAAUAAAAGAAGGAGGACUAAGAAACAUUAAAAAAAGUCCCUAAUUGAAUUCAACUUAAGUACCUAACCAGUGGGGGGCUUCGCUCCCACACCCGUCUUAGUUCUUACACUAAUUUAAAAGAAUAUCUAUAACUCACUACAAUUAACAUUAUCCAUAGAAUUCAAUUAUUUUUUGACUAAACGUUAUAAAUUAUUAAUUAAUAAGAUCACUUAAUUAAGUAGAUAGUUACAAUUUUACGGGCACAUCAAUUAAUCGGAAGCACUUGGAUAUUGUUAUUUGUGCUUAUCAGUCAUGACUUAAUUUAUCAUGCAAAGCAGCACACGUGCAAUACAAAAACAAAAUGAUUAUAAUUUAUUACUGGACGAUAAAUUCUUAAAAUAUAUUAUUCAUAUUAUUUAUUUGAGUUGACAGUAGAGUAAUAAAUAUUUUUUGAAAACAUCAUUAUUUACUUAAAGAGGCGUAUUACCCCAACCGUUUUAAUAGAAAUGAUUAUUAAAAUGGCGCUAAAAAAUAAAAAUAGAGACGCCACUUGUGUUUCCCCCAAUUCAAGUACUGCAGUAUCAAUAUAAGUGUAUUUAACCUUAUUUUAAGGGUAAAAAUAGUUGAUUUAUAGGUUAUACCUAUACAUUAAUUUUUCACAUACACAACAAUUAUUAUUAUUUUAUUAAAUACAAAAAACGUGUAAGCUACCUAUUACUAUAAUGAUAUUAUAUUACUGUUAGAACAUGUUUCUGCCAUAGGACAUCAUCAGGUAACGAAGACAAAUAACGAGUAAUACAAAAACACCGGAACAAUGUACCUAUAAUAUCAUUAUAGUAGUAUUCGUUGCUUACGCAUUAUUUCCACUCAUUAUUAUAUGUGAGUAUCAAAUCUUUUAUUAAUUUUUAUUGUUAUUUUAUCAUACUGUCAAUUAAUAUUUCUUUAAUUGUAUCAUUUUAUUUUAUGGAUUAUCGAUGGAUAAUCGGUGCGUACAGAUAUACAUGCAAUUUUCCCUCUGUUAUAUCUUCAUAACUUUUCACCUACAACUGUGGCCCUAUCCACGUGCGAAUUAUGUCGGACUUUUUGUACAUAAUAAUGAUUGUUUCAAUGUCAACAGUGAAAUAAAACUUUGGUUAAAACAUUUGAUAACACCAAAAAAAUUUACAGCAUUUGGAUAUAAUACUAAACAUAAUGAAUAUUUUAUGAUUACUAUAACCCAAUAUAUAACGGGUAUACAGCUAGUAGAAUCUUUGUCGUUGUAAUUUAUACAGGACAAUUUACUAUUAUCUACAUGUGAUACUGUGGAGUUCCCAUCAUUUCCCAACCUUUUUAGUGUUGUGGCUUUCAAAUUAGAUAAUAUCUCACGACCCCCUUAUAAUAAAAAUUAAUUUGAGCUUAAUCACGUCAAAAAAAUAAAUUUGUACCUAUGCAUUCGAUUAAACUUCUAAAUUAUAUUGAUACAAAUGUAAACUCAAAAAGUCCUAUUCUUAAUCUUGUUUUGGACACCAUGAAAACACAUCUGAGAGAUUUAGAAAUUCACUUACUGAAAUAUUUCAAUGUAACAAGGAUGUUUUUUCAAAAAUAUGGGUUCUUAAUCCAUUUGAAUCCUUAAGCCAUGUUUACAAUUGCCAAAUUACAAAUGGAGAUUCAUAACCAACUUAUAGAAUUACUAGCUGAUAAAACAAUUACGAUUUCCAUCACAAGUUUUAAAUAGGGUUUAGUUCUCUUAGCGAAAUGAAUACAGAAGUCAGGGACAUUGAAUAAAUAGAGUCCACUCACCACUUGUAACCUACGUGAAAAAGAUUUAUCUUUCAUUAAAAACAAAAUAUAGAAAUCAUUUUUAUUCGCAGAUAAUAAUUUACUCUUCCGUGUACCAAAUUUCUAACCAUAAAUAAACAAUAAUUUAAAUACAAACAAUAAAAAAUAUUGCAUUCAUUAUUGCUUUAUAAUUUUUCUAAUUAUGUAUUUAAUUUUAAAUUUUAAUUAAACAAUUUAAAUAAAAGGUUUUUAUGUUUAUCAGCGUUUAAUUAUUUUUGAUCAAUGCAACCCCUUUACAAGGGGUUCAGGAUUCCUAAGUUGAAAAACAAUAGGGUAUACUACUAACACGGAAUAGGUAUACCAUCAAUAUAUUAUUGUUGAAAAAUCAUUGGUAAUGCGUACACUCUCAAAUAGUUAAAAAGCUGUCAUAGGAUUAUGGGGAUGGGUGCAGCAAUUGUUAUAUGUAAUCAUAAUUUAAUAAGGCUAUUCGUUGAUGAUAAUUAUGAUACUGAUUUGAUUAUUAUUAUUAAAAUGCUUUUUAUUAUUAUUGGUGAUUAUUAUUAUUAUUUAAGUGAUCAUUAUAUUUAUUAUUACUUAUUAUGUUUCUUACUUAAAUGCUGAUUGUGAUUAUGAUCUUUAAAGUGCUCAUCAUUAUUAUUAUUAUUAUCAUCAUGAUUUUACAUUCUGAAAUGGAGGUAAGAAGCAUAUAAUUUUACAAAGAUGUUUAUUUAUUUUUCACGGUUUUCCACAUUUGUUGAGCAAACUCCUGGGAAAAUCAAAAAAAUGUCUUCUCUUAAGUACUUCCCCAGACAGAUUUACUUUCAGAAAAAAGUGCUAUCAUUUUUAAUCGGUGUAAAAUUGAGGGGUAGAAAAGUUCUCCACAGAAAAAAAAAUUGUUAUAUUAUACUUAUUUAAUUCGUACAUGUUCUUGUUUUUCCUCUCUUUUUCGGUUUUUAACAUUUUUUGUGAAAAUUAUUGGGAAAAUCAAAAAAGGAGCUUAAGUACAUCCCCAGUCCGAUUUUCUUUUGGAAAUGUUGCUACACAUAAUAAUCGGAGCAAGAUUUGUGGUAAAAUAGUAGCACAUAGAUAAAAAAUAAUAAAAGUCUUUGUAAAACCAUAAGCUUCUUUGUUCCACUCAGAAUCUGAAAAAUAUCAUUCUUUUUUAUUCCGUGAACAUUUUUAUACCAACAAUUUCGCUCUAAUUUACAAUGAUAGCCUUUAUCCUAAAAAGAAAUCUGACCGGAGAGGUACUUUACAAAGGUCAUUCUUUGAUUUUCUCAAACAUUUUCUCAAAACACAUUUGUAAAUCCAAUACUUUCAUUGAUACACUAAGAAUGUAAAAUGAUAAUAAUGACGAACACUGAUAAAAUCAUAAUCAUAAUUAGCAACAGUAAUAAUGAACAUUUUAAUAAUAAUAAUCUAAUCAGUAUCAGAAUAAUCAUCAAUAUUUUAAUAAUAUAAAUCAACAAUUAUAAUAAUCAGCAUACUUAUAACAAUCGUCAAUAAUCAUAACCGUAAUUUUAAUAAGGGUAGUUAAAAUAAGUAUAAUAAUAGUAAUAAUAAUAAACAUAAUGAUGAUAACAAUAAUAGUAAUAAUCAUAAUCAGAAUGAGCAUUUUAAUAAUAGGAAUCAAAUCAGCAUCAGAUUAAUCAUCAAUAUUUUUAAUAAUAAUUAUAACAUCAAUAAAUACCCUUAUUAAACUUAUGAUAAUGGUUAUUUCCAAUUAUUUUAUUAAAAUACUGAUUAUGUUAUUAGUUGAUGAUUAUUAUUAUGAUUGAUGAUUGUUAAAAGUAUGCUGAUUGCUAUUAUUGUUGAUUUUUAUUAUUAAAAGCUUUUUUAAAAGUAUAUUAAUGCUUUUUAUUAAAAUACUGAUUAUGAUUACGAUUUUUAAUGUGCUCAUUAUUAUUACUCUUCUUAUGUUUAUUAUUCUUAUUCUUAUUAUUCCUAUUUUUAUUACCUUAAUUAAAAUUAUUAUCUAUUGGUUAUUAUAUUGAAAUGCUGAUUAUGAUAUUUGUUAAUGAUUAUUAUUAUUAUUGAUUUGUUAUUUUAGAUUCUGAGUGGAGCGAAGAAUCUUAUGGUUUUUCAAAGAUGUUUAUUUAUUUUUCGUUUCACUCAGAAUCUAAAAAAAAAAAAUUAUGCUGAUAUAUCAUCAUUGGCCGGUAUUAUACUAUUUAUGACACUAAAACCAAAAUAGUAAUACAAAUUUUAAUAUUUAUGUAUUAAAAAUAAAUAUGGCAUAUUGAAAAUGCCAUAAAGAGAUAGAGUAUUAUUUUAAAUAAAUGUUUGAUUUCCGUUAACCAGUUAACCAGAUAUUCCAUUUUUAAGUUUAGGUAGGGAGACGGUAGAGAAGUGUGGUGGUAUGGCACGCGAUGUUUUAUUAGUGCUCCACUACUUUCCCCCUACCAUAAACCUAAGAGUGAGAUAUCUUGUAAUUUUAGUAUUCAAAAAUAACGGCACUUUAACUACACUUAAAAAUAAAAAACAAUAAAUAAUAUCUACACAAUUUAAUCAAAAAAUAGGGUGAGCAUGCCUAAGAUUAAUGAUCAUUCACUUAUGAAUCACCCUGUGUGUAUGAAAAAACCACACAUUUUUACGCGUCAUUUCUCUGGUGUAGAAAUAUAGGUAUGCAUGUAUAUAAAUUCUCUCAAAAUAUCGUAACAAGAAGUGGGCAGGUAAGUGUAGGUAGAAUAAAAAUACUAUUUUAAGUCUCAAUCGUUUGUAUUUUGCCUACCUAUACUUAUAGGUACAUAAUUUAACGAGGCGCUUUUUCCGACGUUUUAUUUGCUAUGUUUCUUCCAAGACGUGAUAUAUACGGGGCGAUUUUUAUUUGAUAAUAAUAACAAUUGAUAGACGUAGUUUCUGAGGGACGUUAUUUUUUUCUGAGAAUUUCAAUAUAUAGCCGACUGUCGUAUUAUUUUCAUUUUUCGGUAGAAACAUAUUAUAUACAAGAAUUUCAUAUAUAUAUAUAUAUAUAUCAAUAUAUAGCCGACUGUCGUAUUAUUUUCAUUUUUCGGUAGAAACAUAUUAUAUACAAGAAUUUCAUAUAUAUAUAUUUGAAUAUAUUAGGUUACAGGUGACGGUGUGGCAUGCUCGCGGAAAGCCGGGGGCGCGUAAUCCCCAGGGGGACCCUAAAAUACGGCCAAGUUCAUUUAUGAACAAAUAUAAAUAGCUAUAAUAUAAAAUGUUUGCCGGGUAAAGAUGGUAUAAAAAUAAUACACGAAUAUAUUAUAUUAUUAUGUAAAAAAUAAAUAACGUUCGUUUUGAAAAUAUUGUUCGCCACACGUCGGAAAUAUUCAGACGUUAUUUUUGCGUGCGAACUAAUGAACGGGGUGAUAGAUUGUCCCGAGUGAUUAUUUGAAAUUGGUUUUAAAGUUCUUGUUUUUGAUUUUAGAAUUAAAUCUAUGUUUUAUGUUCCGUUUAGUUCCAGGAAUACGUGGCUAAUAGUCCGAUGUGCCGCUUGCCCAAGUUAUGUAACGAACUCAUUUUGACUCAAUUACCACGUUGAAAUCGUAUACAUUAAAUUAAUUACACUUAUGAUAUAAAAUUGUAUUUAUGUGUAUAAGUGUAUCGUAUUAGUAUGUUAAGUUGGAGUUUAGAAACUCUCUGAACAUUGAAUGUCAAAAUUUUACCUAGGCAUUUAUUUCUCGAAAUAUUUGAAGUUAAUUUGAUUUCUGUUUUUUUUUUUCAAUUAUUAUGGAAUCGUUUAUUUUAUAACUAUUUUUCAUAUUUUACUACUACUUUUUAUAACUUAAAUGUGUUUUUGACUUUUGAUUUUAAAAUAAAUGAAACCUCUAUAUUGAACACAAAUUCAAAUAGAAAAUUUCUUAAAAAAAAAUCGAUAUAUACAACAGAUAUAUAUGUAUGAAUGACAUAUAUGUACAACAGUACUAUUGGAUUUACUGUUUAUGAGUUAGAACAGUUUAAAAUUUUUACCAGCGGUGUAGAGAAGGGUAAUAAAUUUCAUGUCUAUUUUAAGAUAAUAAAUGGAUAUUCCUUUUCUACUUCUCCAGUCUAAACUUUAAACUAUAAACGGUAGGUAAAUCUGAUAUAGUGUUAUAUCUGUCAGUGUUCAGAAAAAUAUCGUCUUAUUUGAAUCUGUGAGUAGAGGGGUGGUUGUUUUUUCAAAAUCUAAAGCUUAUGUUUUUUUCAGGUAUAAAAAGUAGGAGUAAAAAGAUGGACAUACUUCACACGUGGGUGGGCCACUGUUUUAGAUGAGAAGUUAGGAAGGUAGAGGAGAAAUUUAAUGUAUAUCUGUACACAACAAUUAACCAUUUCUAACGAAAAACGAUUUUGAGCGGAGUUCGGUUAAUAGUAUUGCUUUGUCAAAAAUGUAUGUACUAUGUUAUAAUAAAAUAAUUAUAUUUUCUUUAAUAUUAUUUGUUUAUUAUUGUACCUACCCAUUUUCUCAUUUUGCCUAAGUUAUUCUUUGGUUUUUCUUAUUUUUUCCUCCCACUUAUUAUGAAAACAGCUGGAAAAAUCAAAAAAAUGACUUCCUUAAAGUAACUCUCCAGUCAGAAUUCCUUAUAGAAAAAGUGCUAUCUUUGUAAAUUGGAGCAAAACUGGCGGUAGGAAAGUUAUCUACAGAACAAAAAGACUGUAAUACUUGACUAAUAUAUUUCGCAAGUUUUCCCGUUUUUCAUCCGUUUAAUAUCUGAUUUAACACGGAGAAUAAAUGUCUUGUGUAAUUAUAUAAAAGUUAUUUUAACAUAAAUAUUUGUUUAAAAUUAAAAGUUGUUUAAAUAGUAUUUAACUUAGGAGGGGACAAAAUGAUAAAUUUGCCCUUAAAAUUUUUUUAUGAUAGGGAAUUGUACCACCCAAAUGCCAUCUAUGCUCAUAAACAUACUAACUAGUUACUAUAAUAUGCAAUAUGUAGAUAUUCACGUGGUACUUACUUAUCUAUAUUUAUUAUUUAUACGCUAUGUCUAGGUACAUGAACGUCCGUAUCUCUAAUGCGGCUUUGGACGGUCCUUGGUGUUCUUCUAACGGAGAAAUUUUAAUAAUAUCAAAUCAGCAUUAUAAUAUACAUUAAUACUUUUAAUAACAUUCAUAAAAAAUAACAAUAAUCAGAAUACUUAUAACAACCAUCAAUAAUAAUAAUAAUAAUAAUAAUAAUAAUAAUAAUAAUAAUAAUAAUAAUAAUAAUAAUCAUUAAUAAAUAUCAUAAUCAGCAUUUUAAUAAAAUAACCAACAAUAAACAAUAAUUUUAAUAAAGUUAAUAAAAAUAGGAAUAGUAAUAAUAAGAAUAAUAAACAUAAGAAGAAUAAUAAAAACGACUAUUACUCAUACUUAAAACAAAAAUAAAAAACGAAGUGUAAUAUUGGUCCAAACCUGAUAACGUCAAAGGAAAUUACUAAUCAGUGCCUUCAGUGUAAACUUAAAACUUACUAUCUAUAAUAACUGAAAAGCCACCUGCACUGGUGCAAGAGGGAAAAAGGGGAAGAAAGACAAACGAUUUUAUCUAUUUGAAUCCGAGAACAUUGGGAGACCCAUUAGAAUGCCAUAAGACUACAAGUUGAGUUGUAUGAUACCCAUAGGAGUGCGCACACGGUGUGCCAUGGUACCCAGUGUCUUUGGGUUGAAAACAAAAUUGCUCAUUCUGGUUUUUUUUUUUUAACUAAAUGUUAAUCAAUUUAGUAUGAAAAAUUUUCAUAGUGUAAUAAAUAAAUCAAAUUAAUCGGCAAUCACUUACUGUGAUAUUACUUAUCACAGCCUUAGGUUCAGGGCCUAUUGUAAUUGUGACGACAUUGAGUUUUUUUUUAAAUUUUUAACAAUGUUAUAAUUUAUUAUUAAAGAUAUGUUGAAAUAUAUAAUAAUUUUUUCGUGAAAUACUGUUAGACCUGUUAAUACCUAUAGUUAAUAUAAUACUAGUAUACUAUGUAGGUGAACAAUAUGAUUUUUAAUGAAUUGAUAUUUUGUAUUCCUUAUAUUAUUUGUUUAGGGGGGAGGAUAAAAGACCAAGGAAUAAUAGCCCGUUUUCUUUAUGGCACACCCUGCGAAAAAAUCCUACGUACGCCUAUAAUGAUACUUGUAUCCGAUCGUUCGUGAUCGCAUUAAAAACACGGACAUUCGUACAGUGAUGUUUAUACGCAGAUACGUGUACAAUAGUGGGCUUACACCACCCUGAAAUCUGAAAAACUCAUUAUAUAUUAAUUCUAUAGUUUUAUAUAUUUAAUUUUUUUGUUCAUGAGCUUUUUCUAAUCCUCCGUCAUUCAGAAAUUUGAUUCUGUAUACGUGCUUGUUUAUAUACCCAUAGUUAUAUGAUUAGGUGAGUAGUAGUUAAAGUUGUCAUCAUUUUUCUAAUUUUUUUUUUUAUGACUAUUAAAAUAUAAUUAAUGAUUCACAGAUAAUAAAUUUCCUACGUCGUCAAUAAUGUGUCAUUAUAAGGGAUAUAUGAAUAACCUUAAUCCAGCGAUACCCUUCCUAGAUCCAACAAAUAUUCCACCUGAAUGUGAUAUAAUUGUAUACAAUUCGUUGACUAUCAAUUCAUCGUCCAAGUUACGUAUACAUUCUAGUAAGUAAUAAUAAUGUGUAACGCAGAACGGUAUAUUGAUUUUAAAUUUUCAUACAUACUUAAUUUUAAUGUAACAUGUUGUGGCUUAAUAUUUUAUUCAUUACAUUUAAUAUUUUAGACCCUGUCUAUCUAUGGUUGCAUCCAAAAACCGCACAAAUACGAUUUUAACUACAAAAUGGUCGAUAAAUAAAAACCGUACACUAUUGGUUUCUAGGUAGGUAUAUUGUAUACCGCACACUUAUAGUGGGUAAAAACCGCACGUUAAUAUCUUGUGUAAAGAUGCAUGUUGUAUUUAUAAUUUUAAAAUAAUCUGUUACAUAUACAAAUCCUUAUAUCUUUUUUUUUUGUCAACUAACCGACAGCAGUGAGACAUCAGUUUUCACAUUGCUACCCCAUUACUGCCAUCGUUUAUUAAUAAGUAUAAUUAAGUAAUAUUUCGUAAAAUCCUGUUUUUCCCUUCGCAUGGCAGGCUAAUAUUAUUAACUAUGCUAAUUAAAACUAUGGUGAGAAGUAAGCGGUAGGACCGCGUCACCUCCUGACAUUAUGCUAACUUAACCUAACCUGAACCUCUCGUCUUGCUUCUUGUGGCUCAGUAUGUUCUCUAUUAUGGGGUAGAAGGACUGUAAGCCACGAAAGGAGUUUGCCUUGAUCUGAUCGUGUUAAGCCUGGUCAGAAUCCCGGCAUGGGAUGUCUUCCCGGCCGCAAAGAAGGUUUUGGACGUUGAUGGGAGCUAUGUUUCUUCCGCCAACAUACGCUCUGACGUCUUGCCGGUAGAGUUCCCAGUGAGGGUAUACGAAGAGCGUGUGCUCGACGGUGUAUUCCGGGGUCAGCAGUUUAGGCACUCCGCGUCUGGGGAAUGCUUAUAUCUUAUCAUAGGUUGAUAUAGGCUAAUCAUUAUUCGUUAUUUAGGUAUUUUAUCUGAACUUCCAAUAAAUUGAUGAUAAUGUGCUAAAACUGUGCUAAUAUUAAAUAUUUUUCAAGUACAAUUAUCCACUGAAACACGUGUUAACGUAACUUGAUAUGCAUGUAGUUUUUAAUGUUUUAGUGGUUUCAUAUCUUAAAUUUUUCAAUAUAUAAAUUUGUUUUAAUAGAUCAUAUAUAAAUAAUAAAUAAUAGAUUAUACAUCAUUAUAAAAUGAGCGGUUUUUAAAUACAACAUCUUUAAAAAUUGUGAAGUUUUAACCUACUAAAUGUGUAUGGUUUUGACCUACCAAAAGUGUGCGGUUUUAUCCUGAAUUUCAUCAAAAGUGUGCGGUUUUCACUUGUGCGGAGUCAACGCUAUCUAUAUACUUAUAUUUACCUAUUUUAACAUUGCCAAUAUAAAAUGUUUAAUUGUACAAUAAUAGCAAUGAUUCAAAACUUUCAGAAAUUGCAUACUAUUAUGUUAAUGAACAUGAUUUAUGCUCGAAAUGUCCAUUAUUUAAACUAUCAACCUACUUAAAAUUAGCUGAAGGAGUUUUAUACCAUAAAAUAAUUAUUUACGCUCACUAAAAUUAAUAAAUCAAAAUAAAAUAACAUAUCUAUUAAACAAUAUGAAUAUAUUCUUACAAGUAAACUGUAAAGAUAGUCAUUUAAACCCUGAAUGUCAAUUUAGUAUACAAAUUCUAAAAAAAAUAAAACGAUUUCCUAAAUUUUCUUUAAAAUUUAAACUUUUUCAAACAAUAAUAAUAAUUAUAAAUAAAUAAGUUUAUAAUUAUUAUAAAUACAUAUUUGAUGUCACCGAUUUGAUUAUAAAGACUGUAGGUAAAUAAUAAUAUAAGCAUUAAUUUGUACUACGUAGAUUUUAGAGAAUAAUAAUAAUUUUAUAAAUCAAUAAUGUAUUUUAGAUAUUCUUAACAAAUUGAUGUGUUUAAAUAAAACCUUGCUGGUGGCAAUUAAGCGAGAUACUGAUUACGAAGGUUGGUCUGACAUAUUGACAUCUGAUGGAAACUCGGUAGAAGCAAAGCGUUUGUGUGAUUUUGCAUCAAUGUACAAUAUAAAAGGAUUUAUAAUUAAAGAAUUAGCGCCUACGACCGUAAGUACUGCAGUUGACAUAGGUAAUCGCACAUGAGCAAUUUAUGUGUGGUUUUAUAAUUUUAUAAAACAAUAAAUAAAUAGGAUUUUUUUUUCUUUUUGUUAAGUCCGUUAGUAUUAACCUUAAUAAAUAAACAUUUAUUAUAUUUAAAUAUGUUUAAUAUUAAAUUAUUAAUUUUAUCAACGUUUUUUUAAUACAAGAUUUUUUUUUAAAUUUAUUAUUAGUACGCGGAAUGAUGCGAUUUUUACAAUUUCCAUUAAAAUUUGAAUUUUGAACGCAUAUAUAAAAAAAGAUACAGAUAUACUUUGCACAAUAGGUGGGCCACUGUUGCAGGUAAGAAGUUGGGAAGGUAGACGAAAAAUUUAAUGUAUAUCUGUACACAACAAUUAACCAUUGCUAACGGAAAACGAUUCUGAACGGAGUUCGGUUAAUAGUGUUGCUUUGUCAAACAAUAUAUAUGUCAUACUAUGGUAAAAUAAUUACAUAUGCAUUAUACUCGUAUAUUUUCUUUAAUAAUAUUUGAUUAAUAUUUUACCUAUUUUUCCGGUUUUCCCAUGUUUUUUCCGGUGUAAAUGAUUAAAAAAGGCCAUAAUAUUUUUUUAAUAAUACCUAUAGGUAUACAUUUCGAAAAUUUUCUCGUUUUUUCUAUUUGUUGAGAAGACUUCUCGGAAAAUCAAAAAAUGUUCUCCUUAAAGUACCACCUCAGUCAGAUUUCCAAUCAGAAAAAGUGCUGUAAUUGAGAGCAAAAUUGCUGAAAGAAAAAUUGUUCGCAGAUAAAAAAAAAAGUAAACAUCAUUGUCAAAUCAAUACAUUCCUCGCUCAGUUUAGAAUCUAAAAGGGUUACAUUAAACUUUUAUUUUUACCCUUAUUUAGUAACAUUUAUGAUGAACCUCUUGUAUACAAUUUUAAAGCAUUGCAGAGUAACUAAAAAUAUUUUAUCCACAAAAACCAAAUAAAACUAAAAUAAAAAACAAGAAAAUGUCAGAAUGUUUUGAAAAUUUUACGUGUAAAAAAGACCAUAUUAGUAUUUUAUAAAAAGUUCAGAUCUCUACAAUUAUUUUAUAACCGAAUUAUAAAAAAACAGUUUGAAAAUAAUGCAGAAAACGUUAAUAUUGUAAAAUUCCCAUUUUCUCUAUGUUUUUAUCGGAUUUUCCUAGUUGUAAAAAACAUCACAAGAAAAAUAAAACAAUCACCUCUUUAUGCACCAACUAGCUGAGACGUGACAAUGUUUUAGGGAAAAGAUGUUUCACUUUAAUUUCGGAGCACGAUUUCUGUUAGAAAUGAAAUCGAACACUUAUAUCGCCGUAAAUGUGUCUUUUUUCUUGUAUGGUUUUUUCAGAUUUUCUUAUUGAUUAUAUAAAUUUCAAGGGAAAUUCAAAAAAUUACCUCAAUGCAUCAACAAGACCCAUAAUGUUACAUAAUAAUGUCGCUUGUCUUUUUUGUUUGGAGUAAGAUUUUUGAUAGAAUAGUUACACACAGACACACACAAAAAAAAAAAAUAAUAAUGGAAAAGCACAUAUUUUUAUACUGAAACCAAUAUACUGCGCUCAGAUUCGGUUAUAAUUGACUUUUAAGUGGGGGCGAAAAUGACUAAUAAAAAAUCAUAGGGUCAUAAUGUUGGAGAGCUUAUAACCUUUUCCCAAUUUUUUAAAAUUCAAUUCACAAUCAUUAUCAUGAUAAAGACUCAUUUAAUUAUUCAUCAGAAAAAAAAUAGACUAGGGGGGGCAAUAGAUGGAUUAUUACAACCACUGUCAGAUUCUAAAAAUAGAGCUGAUACUGGGGAUAGUGCGGCUACUGUUGUAGGUGGGUAAUUGGGAACUUGGGAUACAUAAAGUUAUUUAAUUUAUAUUUCUAACCAAUGAUAACGAAAAACGAUUCGGAGCGAAGUUUGAUUAUCACGUUUUGAAAGUAUUUAUAAUUUUCAUUGAAAUUUGAGCUAGAUUGAAAAUUCAACAAAAAUGAUCUCUUGUUGUUUUUAUAUUAGAGCAAUAUUUCUUGUAGAAAACAUAAGCUGUAUAAAUUAAAAUAAUUUAACUGCCACGUUGCAUGAAUAUUAAUAUUAAUCAAUUUUAAUUUUUUUGAUUUUUCCCAAAUAUUAUGAAAGCUACUUAGGAUAUUAAAAAAUGACCUCUUUAAUUCACCAAGAAAAAAUUUCCUUUCAUAAAAGAUAGUGUACAUUCAAGCAAGGUAUCUUUUCAAAAAAUUAUUUACAGACAAAAAAAAUACACAUCAUAGUAAAACCAAUACAUGUGUAUAAGAAACUUCGCUCCAAAUUGUUUUUCGUUAGCAAUGGUUUAUCGUUGCAAACAAAUUUAAAUUAAAUUCCCCUUUAUAUCUUACCUUCCUAACUUCUCUCUCACAACAGUGGUCUUCCCAUCGUGCGAAGGAUUUCCGUAUUUUUAUAUACUCGUUUAAAGUUAAAAUCUUAACAACGAUCGUUUAAGUUAUGCCACUUCGACUAUGUACUAUUUUUCGAUUUAUGUGAAACUAUUUUUUGACCGAGCUAAAAUUGUUUUAUAUUUAAUACGAGGUUCAUCAUAAGUUGUAUUUUAUGAUGGGAAAAAAAGUUUACUGCAUUUUAUGCGCAUUUUGCCUGCGCUUUAUGUCGUUAACUUUCGACUAAUAUGACAUUGAUUACAACAGUUUGAGUGUACGCCUGGAAAAGUGGUAUUAUAGAUCACAUGUGAAAUUUUAGUUAUUGAUAUAAUAGACGAUAUAAUGUAUAAUAUGUUUGUUUAAUUAUUAAAUAUUAAUAAGUAUAUCUUUGGGAUCUAGUAUUCACAAUCACUGAACAUCAAUAUUGGAGAAUUCGUAUUACCUUAUUUAAAACAAUUGAAAUGCUGUGAUAGCUUCAUUAUUGGUGUAAAUAUAGAAGCUUAUGCUCCAUUUGUUAAAAAUCCUUGUGGUAAUUAUAUUACUUAUAAUAUUUUGUCAACAAUUAUGUAUUUUUUUUUUUAUAUAGGUUUUGAAAAUUAACAUUACAGGUUGUUUGUUAAUUUUGAUUUAAAUAGUAGGUGGUAUUAUAUAUUGUUUGUAAUAAUAUACCUAGGUACAAAAAUAAAUCUUAAUAAUUAUUGGAAGAAUAUUUUGUUUGCUUAGUACUAAUAUGUAAUUUACAAGUAAUUUGAUAUUUGUCUUGGGAAUUUCGGGAGUUUGUAAAUUGAAAUUUUAACUACGCUGAUUUUAAAUUUUCAUAAAAACUUUUAAGUAUUUGUCAAACUCAAUUAUUUUAUAAUACAUUUAAUACAAUACCAACUAUUAUAAUAUUAUUAUGUGUUUACUUUACAAGUGAUAUAUUCACGAGUUAAAUAAUAUAUAUUAUAAUAGAGAUACAUUGCAAUUUUCAAAAGUAGUCCCCCUCGCUAAGAAACAAAAAUAUAAACCAAUUUAUUAUUUAAGUCCGAAAAUUUAAAAUCUAUACUAAUGAUAAUUUUGAUUUCAGUUUAUAAUUUCGAAGAAAUGAAUAAAUUAGUAAAUUUUUAUGAUAUAAAUACGUAUGACCUGAAUGAUUGUAAUCCUCAACAAUAUAAUGGAAGAACUCCACUUUUACAAAGUCCACACGGGGCCUGUUACAUGCUUGGAAUGGUAAAAUAAUUUGAUAAAAAACGAUUUUCUCAUUUUUCAAUUGUGUGAAUUGAAUUGUGAAAUGUAUUUGAUUAAAUUUUAAAAUGAACAUAAAUUGUAUUAAAGUAUCAUCAAAAAAUUUUGAUACACUUUUAACUAAAUAUCAACAAUGUAGUAGUAGGUAUUAUGUAUUAUUUUGUAAUACUAAGCUCUCAGUUGCUUCCUACUGAUCGAUAAUAUUAAGUUUAUAGUGGUUAUUGUUUAUGUCAUUAUUUCACUCUUUACAUUUUGUAGGUACUCAUACUCACGGAAUUACCUACAUUGUAUUUUGAUUUUGUUAAUUAUAUCAUAUGGGUUAAAAUCUAACCUAUCUAGUUUACUAUUUUAAAUAUUUUACUAUACUAAAAAAAAAAAAAAAAAUACCAUUAAAUUUAUUAUUUGCCUGUUUUCAUAUUUGUUAUUACUAAUUUUUGAUUUUGUUAUAACAAUUAAAUUACCUACAGUAAGUAGGUACCUAGGUAUGAUUUAUUGGUUGAAUAUAACACGAUCAAAUUAAAACAUGUUAAUUAUAUUUUGACAAAUUCUCUCGUAGAUUCUCUUUACACUUAGGAAUUGAGUGUAGGUAUUCUAAUUACAUACCUAGCUAUAAAUGAGAAAAUGUAGUUUUACUAUGCUAUGUAACGGGUAUAUGCUACGUGUUAUGUAACAAACAGAUACAACUGUUUUGAUUUUUUGAACUAUUUCUAGCAAGAAGUUACAACAUUUUUAAAGGCGUCGAAAAUUAAUUAUGAUAUGAUCUACUACACUCUUGAAUUGGGCCCAAUUAAUAUUGAAUGUAAUAGUUAUGUGUCUUAUAAUCAAGUACGUUCUAAUUUAAUUUUAGUUUAAAUAAAAUUAUAGUAUUCAUUGUACAAUAAUAAAAUAUUUCUUAAUUUUGUAGGUGUGUUUGGGUAGUUAUAACAUAAAUACAUGGUGUAUACAAACUACAAAAGAUUAUUAUGCUAAGGUAAAAUUAAAACUAAACAAAAUUUAUAUGGAACCAUUUAUUUAUAAAGAAUACUGAUUGAGGAUUUAUCAUAUUAUAUUAUUCAAACAAUUUUCUAAAUUCUAAAUUUCAAUUCUACCUAUUUUAAUAUUAUGGCAAUGUUAUUAAUACAAUUUGUCUUAUUUAACUAUUAAUAAUAUAUGUAAUUUGAAGGUCACUAAUUGAACUUAUGUUUUCAAUUACAUAGGAAUUUAAUAUGUUUAAUGUUUUUUAGGGACAAUAUAUAAGUAAUGAAAAAUGUGGAUUGAGUAUAAAAUGGAUUGAACUUGAUGACAUCUUAAAUAACUGCAAAUGUAUACCAUUUAUUGGAUUCCAAAAUGCUGUAGCAGGUUAUCUCGGAAAAUCAGAAAUACCAUGCACUAAUUUCAAUGCCAAUGAUAAUAAAGGAAAUUAUUAAUUGUGAUUUACUAUUGUUUUACAUUCUGUAUAAUCAAAUAGCUAAAUUUAAAUUUAAUUCAGUAGUUAAUUAAUGAUUAAUGAGUUAAAU